AUGAAAAGAAGCAUCGUUGCAAAAGAUCCUCAACCACAAGAAUUUGUCGUUGUGUUAAAAGAAGAAGAGGAUGCUCACGAGGAUGCAUUGAAUCACCACCAAAAGCACCACCACUGUCAUGACAUGCUGGAGAGAUCAUUAUCCAACAACAUGAUGUCAUCCAAAGACUCUACCACUGAGAGUCCAUCACGGACCACAAUUUCAACAAUGACAACAACAACAACAACACAAGAGGUUUCUUCCUUUACAGAAACUACAAGCGAGCAAAAAGACUUUAUGCAAAGGAAUGACAAAUCACUACUACAGUUGACAUCUCUCGAUUCCAAUCGAGAAGUAGACCAACAACAACAACAACCACAUGACCAAUCAUCAGCAACUGCUUCCUCCUCCACAUCAUCAGAACAUCAUGAUUCUUCAAAAUCUACCACCCAUUCGGAAUGGCAACCACCUCAUCAUCAUCAGGAGACUCAGAAACGUCAAACAUCAUCAUCCACAGCUUCUUCUUCCACAAUAACUUCCCACUCCACCACCUACAUUCUCUACCUCUACGAAAAGAUUCAUCAACGUCUAUUCGUUCCCUUCCUCUUCCUCUCUGUUUAUUUGUAUUUAUGUCUCUUUGCCACCGACUCUCACUUUUACAUGGCAUUGAUUUGUUUCUCUUUAAUGGCUAUUAAUUUACCCAUCUUUAAAGAUGCACUUCAAUCGACAGUCAUUGACAAGUUGUUGCGUAGAGUGGCAUUAAGAAAUGGAUGGAAUAUUCCCAAGCUCACUGAAUUUCAAACACAUUUUAAAGAUGAAGCAUCAGAAACAUUUAUGAAUUCUCCAACAUUGAAUAGUAAUAGUAGUAAUAAUAGUAGUCACAACAACACUCCUGAAAUACUCAUUCAAAGAAUUUACACCUACAAAUUGGUCAUUCUCAUCAACAUUUUACUCCAUUUCUUACGAUUACAUCUCGCCAAUCGAGAUCCAACCUUUGCUUGGAUGUGUGUUGGAUUUUUAGCGAGUACCAUUCACAACUUGUCGAGUUUCAUUUUACACAAUUCCAUCUCUGUGGGUGAGGAUGGAUUAAGCACUGCCUUGUGGAGCUUUUUACCAUUGAAUGUCUUGUCAGUGGGAACGAGUGCGAUUUUGGCAAUUCAAUACGCCAAGUAUUCUGAAGCAUUUGGAGUGUUGGGAAUGCUGACCAUAUUUAAUUUGGUCUUUAAUACAACAUCGUUUAAAUUGAUGGAAAAGUUGAAUGUGAUGAAUAUCAUGACGAGUCGACUGAGGGAGGCAAACAAGUCGAAGAAUGCAUUGCUGAGCUCAAUUUCACAUGAAUUUCGAUCGCCUUUGAUGAGCAUUUCUGGAUGUAUCGAACUCUUACUCGACACUCCUCUCACACAAGAUCAAUUGAACUAUUUAAAAACAAUAGGAUGUUGUUCCUCCAUGUUACUCACACUUAUUGAAGACCUUUUACAAUAUUCAAAAUUGGAGAAAGGAAGUUUAGAAGUAUUUGCUUCACAUUUAUCCGCUACCACGUGUAAUGGUAAUAGUAGUAGUAGUGAUAGUAGUAGUAGUAGUAGUGAUCAUAUUGAAUCGACUCUCCAAUCACCACCUCUUCAGAAACAACAAGAUCAGAAACACAAUUUAUCAUCCUCUUCUGGUUCUUCACAAUCAUCUUUAGCACGUGCCAAUAUUCGUUCCUUCUCCUCUUCUCCUAACUUGCAAAAUAUUUCCUCUCCAGAAUGGACAAACAACAAUUCUUCUACAGCUUCAAAUUCUAUUUUUUCUCUUGAGGAAUGUUUGGAACAUGUGAAGGGAAUAAUUUCGACCUAUGCUCAAAAUUUUUCAGUUUCCAUUCAAGUUGUCACGAGUCAAUCAUUACCUUCUUUGGUCUAUGGAGAAUCAGUACGAUUACAACAAAUUCUUAUCAACUUGUUGACCAAUGCAGUGAAGGCCUCUCCACCACAUUCAACCGUCUUGCUAAAAGUUGAAAAUUUGAAUCAUGACACGGAUUCAUACAAUCCCAACAUCAAACACACUCAAUUCUUGAGUGAAAAUGGAAGUGUUGUUGAAACCAUUAUUUUCAAAGUGAUUGACAAUGGAAAGGGAAUUCCGAAAGAGAUUCAACAAAAUCUUUUCAAGCCUUACUUUUCAGGAUUUUUACAAGAUGGUAUGACAUGUCACAACAGUGAUCACACAAAUUCUGGAAUGAUUGCCGCAACUUCAACAGGACUUGGCUUGGCCAUUGCUCGAAAAAUUGUUGCCACUAACUUUCAUGGAGAUUUAACUUUCCAAUCUAACUCUAUUCCACCCAAUACUGGAACAACAUUUAUCGUGACCAUUCCUUUUCGAAUUCCAGACAAGAAAAAGAAGAAUUCUCUCAAAUACAUCGAAGACUUGCUCAAGAAUCAAAACAUUCCCACUCAACUACUCUCCACAGAGGAACAUUUUUCCAACCACUCGAUUCAAAAAAGUCACUUGUUACAUAAGGAAUUAUUUAAAAUCAAACCAAGCUCAACCCUCAUGAUGGGAACUCGUUCAUCGACUAAUUCAAUGCCUUCCUCUCCUACCUUACCACCAUUUACUUCACAUCAUAACAAUACCACAGACAAAGACAACAACAACACCACUACUCGAGUUCAUAACUCUUUUUUAGAUCCAUCGAUUCACACUUCAACCAAUGUUGGUGAAACACUACGAGUGGAGAAAUCUCAUCCUCCUCCUUCCAAUCCCAGAAAUGAGCUCAUUGAUGUCUCCCAAUACAAUAUUUUACUCGCAGAGGACAAUCCCAUUAAUUUAUCUGUCCUUAAACGUCUUCUCGAAAAGGGUGGAUUCAAAAACAUUACCACCUCUUCGAAUGGUUUGGAAUUAAUUAAUGCCUUCCAACAAAAGUUUUAUCAUCUCAUCAUUACUGAUUAUCAUAUGCCUUUGAUGGAUGGACUAUCAGCUGCUCAUGUGAUUCGAGGAAUGAAUCAUGGAAAUGAUACUAAAAUUAUUAUACUUACUGCAGAUACCAUGUUAGAGAAGCAUGAAUUUAUGGAUUCCAUUGAUUUUUCAUUGAAUAAGCCAAUUUCAGCAGAGAAUUUAAAUAAGGCCGUCGUGUCAGCACUCCUCUCGACCACUGUCUCGUUUGACAAUCAAUCAUGA